AUGGUCACAAAGCUCAUGGAUGUGGCGGAAAUCCGCUUUACCCAGGAGCAUGUCUACGACACAUUCAACGCCAACUCGGAGCGCGCCGGCAGCGUCUUAGACCUCAUGGAGUCCAUCCUUCGAGGUGAGAAGACUCCAUGGGACAUUCCCUUGAUUCGCGUGGCUGCCAAGAAAGGCGCCUAUUGGUGCGUGGACAACCGCCGGCUUUUCACCUACAAGCACCUGCGGCUGGGCAAGAUACCGGUCGAGGUUUUCAAUUGGAAGGACAACCGCGAGUUCGAGCUGAAAUACAAGAAUGGCCUACCGUUCCGGCAGCAGACCAGCAACGGCCUGCGGAUCGGCUUGCUGCAGCGAAGCGAUCGGCCUUUUCCGAGGAGCCCGGUUGCUGAACCCACGCUUUCGAAGCUCACUAAGCUUUUCACUGCGGCACAGCAGAGGAAGCAUGAGGCCGACAUCGUGGCACUGGCGAAGAAGCGCGCCCAGGAAGCGCAGGAAGCAGCUGCUGACGCCUCCGGGCUGGCGACUUCGUUGGAGGACGUGCUCCAGGGCACCAAGGAAAGCGAAUCAGGGGAAGCGCCAAAGAAGCGAAGGAAGAAGGCGAGCAAGGUGACAUCGGCCAAGAGAAAGGCAAACAAGAGGCAGAAGGGCCUGCCUGAGGCCAGCUGCGGUGGCAAGAAGCUCACUGUAACGAUGGAGAAGGAGGAUUCGGACGACGAAGAGUUCGAUGUCGAGAUCACAGCGCCUGCGUGA